AUGAAUCGUACUUUACUGCAAGGAGUUCGAGUAAUUGAAUUGGCCGGCCUUGCUCCAGUACCACAUUGUGGAAUGGUACUCGCCGAUUUUGGAGCAACCGUAACGCUGAUCGAAAAGCCAAAUGACGGUAUCAUAGAGCAAAGGAUGGCCAACAAAAAAACAGUAGAAGGUUUGGACCUGAAGUCCGUAGAAGAUUGUGCCAAGCUGAGACAACUUUGCAAAGAGAGCGAUGUUCUCUUGGAUCCAUAUCGACCUGGAGUUUUGGAGAAGAUGGGUCUUGAUCCAGUCCACCUUCUAGAGGAAAACAAAGGACUGGUAGUGUGUCGGCUAACAGGGUACGGUCAAACUGGUCCCUUAGCUCAAGAAGCUGGACAUGAUAUUAACUAUGUUGCUAUUACUGGUUUGCUGCCGACGAUCUCCGGUCAUAGUUGUCAGCGUCCAUGGCCUCCAGUAAAUUUGCUAGCGGAUUUUGCUGGUGGAGGACUAACGGCUGCAUUUGGGAUAGUCGCCGCUCUACUAAAAAGAGAAAAGAAUGGUGGACACGGUUGUAUCAUUGAUUGCUCAAUGUCCGAAGGUCUUUCAUAUUUGGGAUCGUUCGUCCGGCGUUAUCACGACAUCGCGCAUUUGUGGACUGAACCAUAUGCAGCAUUUUCUGGAGAUUGCCCAAUUUAUAGAUCUUACGAAACAAAAGACAAAAAAUGGCUAGCGGUGGGUGCUCUCGAACCCAAAUUUAACUCCAACUUGUUUGAAGUCCUCGGAAUGGAUAAGAACAUGGCGGAUAUGUACGCAGAUCCAGCUGGCAUGAUUGCUGAAAUGGAACAAAUAUUCCGGACUAAGACCAGAGACGAAUGGAUGGCUCUUUUCGAAGGGAAAAACGCUUGUGUGACUCCAGUGUUGGACCUAGACGAAGCGGUAUCAUUCAAGCAUAACGAAGAACGGGAAAACUUUGUCAAUGAAGAAUUGGAAUGCAGGGAUAGAAAAUGCACAGUUGAUGAUUAUCACAACACCCUGGCACUGUUCUGUGUACCACAAUCAGAACAAGCUCAUAUAUGCGAAUGA